AUGGCGGGCUCCGGGCGGAGAAGCCUCCUGCUGCUGCUGCUCCUGCAGCUGCUGGCGGGGCCGGGCGGCGCGGGUAAGCGGGGCCCCGGCGGGCCGGCGGAGGGAGGCUGGCGGGGAGGCGGAGGACGGGGGCCGGCAGGGGCUGGGCUCAGUCCGCCGGACCUCGGCUUGGCCAUCUUCCUCGCCGAGCGAUCCAUCCACCGGACGGGCGGGACCGGGGAAUCCCUGCCGCCUCCCAGGUGCCGCCGGACCCGGGGCUCUUUCGGGUGCAGACCGCUUUCCGCGCCCCCCCCCCCGGGAUACAGUGGUGCCCAGUCGUGCCCUCGCGGGGGGGGGUGAGUUCAGAGCCCGUGGUAAUGAUAAAAACGGAUAAAGUAACUUUUAUGUAAAUGCGUGUUUCUGUUUCGCGGGAUCGUACUGGAAUAAGUGGGCACCGUAAUCGGGGCUGAAAAGCCUCAUCCUAUAUUUGUCCGCUGGGAAGGAAGCCAUCCUGGCUUUCCAAAGGAUUGAAUCCCAGGUAAGGGUAUUUCUCUUUAUGUCUACUCAGAAGAAAACCGCGUUGAGAUCAAAUGCUCCUUGCUCCCAAGUAAGUGGCUAGAGUAAGCAAUGGAUUGGCAACAUUCAUAUCCCUUGGAAUUAGGACAAAAAUGCAGAGAUCUUUGUUGGUCCAAUUAUAUUUUUAAAAGGUCAAUAUGCACAUAACUGCCGUAAAUUGGUUGCUAAUUUGUGAGAGAGAAGGAAGAGCAUUUUGUACAGUUUCAUAUAAUUCAAGCAAUCCUCAUGGGUCAUUUUGCUCUGAAUUAUGAUAAAGUAGGAUUUUAGCAGGGGAGUAUUUGACAAAGGUCCGUAUAGUUAAAGCCGUGGUUUCCCCAGUAGUGAUGUAUGGAAGUGAGAGCUGGACCAUAAAGAAGGCUGAUCGCCAAAGAAUGGAUGCUUUUGAAUUAUGGUGCUGGAGGAGACUCUUGAGAGUCCCAUGGACUGCAAGAAGAUCAAAUGUAUCCAUUCUUCAGGAAAUCAGCCCUGAGUGCUCACUGGAAGGACAGAUCCUGAAGCUGAGACUCCAAGACUUUGGCCACCUCAUGAGAAGAGAAGACUCCUUGGAAAAGACCCUGAUGUUGGGAAAGAUUGAGGGUACAAGGAGAAGGGGACGACAGAGGACGAGAUGGCUGGACAGUGUUCUCAAAGCUACCAACAUGAGUCUGACCAAAUUGCGGGAGGCAGUGGAAGACAGGAGUGCCUGGCGUGCUCUGGUCCAGGGGGUCACGAAGAGUCGGACACGACUAAACGACUAAACAACAACAACAUUUGACUUUUCCCUAUCCAUAACUACCCCCACCCUCAUUUUGGGCAGGGCAGUUGCCCUGCAAAGACUUGUCAAUCUGACUUUUCUAGGCUAACUUUUACAGUGGGCUGUCCAGAAAAGAUGCAGAAGUCUGUUUUUUGUCUUUACAAAGGGAUGAUGUUGGAUACUGGAAUUUAAAACUAAUAGUUGAAGGUGGUUGUUUUGGUUGGGGAUGAGAAUCCUGCAGGCAUUUAAGUGGAUACAGGCUUGGGACAUGUUAUAUGCUGAAUGUUUCCUUGCUUUGGAGAGAUUUCUGAUGAUUUAAGGCUUAUUUGAAGGACAAUUGAGGGCUUUGAACAUUGGCAUUGUAAUCCUAGGGAGACAAUGUGGAAGCAGAUUUGCAAUUCUGUUCUGCAGAAAAAACUGAUGAUGCUGUGACUACACUUCAUUCUGGUUUUUAUUCAUACAUAAUCCCUCUUACCUAUUUUAUUAAUGUAUGUUUAUAUAUUGAACAUUCUCUGCUCUGGUACAUAUUUGUGUCCCUUCCUUUACCUUGUUAAACACAAUCAAGCAAAUUUGUUCUUAUAAGCAUAUUGCUUUUUGCCCAUCUUACACAAUCAUAAUGGUAGAGUUGCCAUAUUUUCUUGCUUCCUUAUACACAUUUUGCUGCUUCCUAUACAUUUAUGUGGGGCGUGGGAAUCUUCUUCAGGAGGUACACAGAAUGGAUCUCUAAAUAACUACUCUUCCAGAGAUAAGUAGAACAGAAGUUAGUUUAGAAAUGCACAAUAAAGCAAAACAAAAAUGUAUCCCAAAACUGAAAGCAUUAGGAUUACAGUGGAAAGACUGGCUAUAGAAUCCUGUAGACUCCAGCUUGGUAAAAAUUUUGUUUUAUUGAAUGUAUUUGAACUGCCAUGUAUUCUUGCCAAGUAGAUGGGAAAGGCAUUUAAUAAAUAAAAAGAAAAAUGAAGUAUGCAUUUUGAGUCAUAAUAGCUAAUUUGCGGAAAUGCAGUAUUUAAGCUUCCUUUCUGUGUGAGGUGGUAUGAAAAUACUGUCUCAAAACUUUUGUUCAGUUUUAAUGCUUGGUGUGAUGUGAAGAAGAAAAAUAUUGAGAACAUCAAGUUGAGCAUUUUAACAUUUUAAUUUAAAAAAUGCAAAGAUGGGAGACUGAAUAUUGCAAUGGAAGAAAUGCAGUGAUGCUUCUAGUCAAACUUCUGUUUCAUGACAUCAGUUACAACAAUAGUAUAAAUCUGGUUGUUUGCCUUUGUCCUUCUGUUCCAUAUGAAUCGGGAGAGACAGUUGAGCUAGACUGGUGCUUGGAGAUGCAGAUGGGCUGGAUGUGCACCAGUAAUGGAAGCCGAAUCCUGAAAAGACGGGGUGCUCUGCCUUCCAGGCUCUUGAGUCUAGGAAGUGGGGAGACUGCCUGUUCUGGCUGGUUUUGCUCCCCUGGAAGGAGCAGGUCCAUGGACUGGGGUUGCUUCUGGAUUCAUCAUUGUUAGAGGCUGGGCGGGCCCAUUUCAAGCUUUGUCUGGUUUGCCAGUAAUGCCCCCCCCUUUUGAUAGAGAUGACCUGGCCACUAUAUUCAUACUCUGCAGUAAUCCAAUCUGAAAUUUACUACUGUGCUGUAUAUGGGCUGCUCUUGAAGAGAACCUAGAAACUUCCAUUGGCCCAAAAUGAAGCCGCCCUAAAUGACUUAAUAUUUGAAAAAACACGCCUUUCCAUAGAGACGUGACCCUCUUGGGUGUUAAGACCAGCAGAUGGGACUUUCUCAGGAAUACCUGUGUAUAGGAUUUCAACCUAAUUCUGUAGCUAUGAGGCAACAGGUGGGAGUUUUCUGCUUCUUGCUGAGCUGAGAGGUGGUGAGCUCCUAUGGCCUGAAUACUGGAUUUAGGCCCCAAUCCCUGUUAACCAUGAGUACAACCUCAGCCAUAGGUAUUGUCAGACUCAGUCCCACAGUGCAUUGGAUAAUGAACUAGUUUGCAUGGUGUUUUCCACUCGAUAAAAGUGAUUUAUCACAUUUGGGGACAGGAAGGCUGUUAAAAUGAGGUUGCAAUCUCAGCAGAAGCCCAGAUGAACUCAGUAGAACAUACAGUUGUACAUUGGUUCUCAAACUUAAUCCAUUCCGGAAGUCCGUUCCAAAACCAAGGCGUGCUUUCCCAUAGAAAGUAAUGCAAAAUGAAUUAAUCUGUUCCAGACUUUUAAAAACAAUCCCUAAAACAGCAAUUUAGCAUGAAUUUAACAUGGUCUUUUACGAGACCAUUGAUCCAUAAAAUGAAAGCAAUAAACAAUGUACUGUAGUCACACAAUCAAUCAGUAGCUGAACUGGGUUCUACACAGUCACAAAAACAAAACAAAAAAGCCGCAAAAAUACAAAAUAGCAAAAACAGACCUCAGUGUGGCACUCAAAUCGGAAGCACGACACUCAAAACGGAGCACCUUUGGCUUCCAAAAAAAGUCCGCAAAACACUAACUUCUGGGUUUGCAGUGUUUGGGUUCCAAGUUGUUUGAGUACCAAGGUGUUUGAGAACCAAGGUACCACUGUACUAGAACAUCACAGAGAACUCUGCUGGAAAUUCCAUUUGUAAGGAAUUGCUUUAAACUGGCAUCAGGUUGGUGUGUGUGCCAGUUAAGAUUAAAAAGUAAUGUGCACAUAAUCCUUGUUGCAAGACUGCAGAACUGCUUCCUAUAUAACUGGCUCUGAAAUGCGGUUUACAAAGUCUUUGAUUAAAUCAUAAGUGAUUAUGGUUCUCUACAGAUGUUUAUCCUCAAGCAAGAGUAUUAAACGUUUUUGAGAAAGGAGAUGCAGCUGCUAGUUUCAAAUAUGAAAGCUUUUCUCCUGUGGUUUUCCUUUGAUUGUCUUACGCUCUACUUCUAAUAAUGCAAAUUUUCCAGUAGGCUACAGAGAAAUUAGAGCAAGAGGAGUGCUUAUGUAACUCCCCAAAUGAGAAUGCUAAUAUGGAUAGGUUGGCAAUGAUCACUGUGAAAGCCAGUGGAGCUGGCAAUACAAUUCUGUGUAACUGGCCUGGAAAAUAGUAGUUUACAGUACAGUGCGGCUAUAACAGAUUAUGUACCUGCACGCAGGCCUUGCUGCAUUGGAGACUUGAUUUUGCAACUCUCUAGGAGCCUCAGGGCUGUCCCUAAUUUGCAUAUACAUUUACAUAAAAUGUCAAUUUGCAUUCAUAAACUUCACAAAAUAGACAAACUAUGUGUGGCUAUAAUAGGAAUACCUUACAGCCAUCUUCCUUUGCAUCCUUCUUUCUUUUUUCAUAUUGUCUCCUUUGACCCCUUUCCCCCCAUAACAAUUGCCUUCUGGGCGCACUGAUUAAAACUCAGCAGCUUGGUAUAAAAAUGUUCAUAUGUAUGUAUGUAUGUCAUUUUGGGGUUUAAUCCCAUGCACUGAAUUCCCUAUGAAUUCCCUAUGAAUACAUCUGAGUCAGCAUGCACUGGAUCAGUGUGUUUACUAAAAUUUAGGCAUGAUUUCAGCACCUCUUAACAGAUGGCUGGUGAAAGCUUGCCUGUAUGACAGCCGACCGCAGCAUUAUUGCUAUUGCCAGACAGCUUGCAAGGCCACAACUUGAAUAAUUGUCCUUACAUUAAUGUCUACAAAAUGCCAACUGCUUUCCAAAUAAUUCAGAAGGGAACAUUUCUCUGCUCUGUUAAGCUCUUAAUCUGUGAUUGCCACUGCACAGAGGGGAAGGAAAGCGUAUUGAAUAAUAUAGGAGGACUAUGGAUGAAAGAUGCAGCGUGUCAGGGUAAAUAUGGAAACCAUGGAAAGGGAGGAGGGGAAGUCACCAGAGAAACAAUUUACAUUUUAAGUUAAAACAUGUUAAGAUUUUGUGUGUGUGUGUGUGUGUGUGUGUGUGAGAGAGAGAGAGAGAGAGAGAGAGAGGAAUUAAUAAGAUUUUUUUAAUUUAAAGAAGGCAUAAAUAUACAACCCAGUUGCAUUCCUUGUAACAACCAGGUACAAUUUAUAUUUCCCACUGGUUCAUUGCUAAGCUUGCAAGAUGAUGUUGUUGUUAUUUUAUCAUUUAUACCCUGCCCAUCUGGUUGGGCCACCCCAGCUACUCUGGAAGGCCUCUAAUGCAUAUAGAAACACAAUAAAACAUCAGCAUAAAAAAAUUCCCAAUCUAGGGCUGCAUUCAGAUGUCUUCUAAAAGUUGUGUAAUUCUUUAUCUCCUUGGCAUCUGAGGCAGCCUCUGCUGAUGUUUACCUAUAAAUUCUGUUUUCAGCAUCAAAGUUUUAUAGCUUUUUGAACACUGUGGUAAAUUUAGGAUUUGAGCCAAAUUUAGCAGAAUAUUGUGGUGUCAGCACUCACAUUUUCUGCAUCUACUACUGCUGUUGGCUUUCUCAAAUUGCUCCAGGUUGCAUAACGUGAUUUUUCAGACGGGGUGGUGGCAGUGGUGAAGAAGCUAAUAUUUCAUGGAAACUAUCAGAUUUAUAUACAGUGUUACCUUGAAAGUUGAACGGAAUCCGUUCCGGAAGUCCAUUCGACUUCAAAAACGUUCAGAAACCAAAGCUCCUGCAGCCGAGCGGAAGCCACGUCAGACGUUCGGGUUCCAAAGAACGUUCGCAAACCAGAACACUCACUUCUGGGUUUGCAGCUUUCGGGAGAUAAUACGUCCGAGUACCAAGGCGUUUGGGAUCCAAGGUACGACUAUACAAACAAUAGCGUGGAUUUCUCUGUUUUCUCUCAGUUUUUCCAGGUGUAUUUCAAUAAAUGGUGUGUAUCAUAGACAAAAAUUGAUAAUGUGUGAAAUUCAAAUGGUUGAAGUGAGAGUAAAAUAUUUUCAUGACAGAACAGCUGUUAUUUACAGGGGUAACUGGUCCGCAUUACACUUGAACCAAUGUUAGCAUUAAUCAAAGUCAGCUGUAUCAAGUCCACUUCUAACUAUGAUUGCGAAUUUUUCUUUGGCGCUAACUGUGGUUAGCAAAAACACUACUGCCUCCAUAAGGCUGACCAUAGCUACAUCCAAAACCGAAAGAGAGAGCGAAUGUCCAUGCAAACUGGGAGGUGUCAACCCACACCUCCAAACUAUAGUUAGCAAAGUGUUACUUUUCCUUGCAGUGUGAUUUACAUGGAGGAGAAUGAAACAGCCCACAGGAUGGUUAACAGGGUAUGUGGGGUCAUAAUCUGUGGCCACAAAUGCAAUACACUUCCCAAGCUGUAAAUACCCUUCUUACGGAACUCCCACGUAAAUGGGAGAUUGCCUGUACUUGCCCUUCUCAUCCACUGAAUUGUUGCGCCUUCUCUGGAGAAGGAAAAACUUAAACACGAUGCAGAGUUCCCAAAAAAUAGACCAGAGGCAAUUGUAUUUCACCCAGCAGAUCUUGACUGCUACUGAAGGCAGAUGAGCAUAAUGGUCACAAAUCCAAUACAUUCAGGAUUGGCACAUUCCAUAAACAAUCCAGUUGCAGCACUUACAAAAACUAACAAGACUAAACCAUAACGCUAAGCAUGCUAUGUACAGAGCACCACACCAGAAGGAAGAGAGAUAGAAAGUAAGAAAGACCUUAACAGAAAGAGAUAAGAGAACCAGUUUAAGUCAGCUGUACUUAGCUUCUCUGAAGGUAUAACACAAACAUCAUGAAGCUACUUUCACACAGAGAAGCUUCCAGAAACCUAUUGAAUGAAUUUGAAUAGGAAAGAUCUCUACACAUUAGAUCAAUACUUUCUGCACCAAGAAAUGCAAACCGACAUGACUAUCAUGCCCAUUUUUACCUUACUUGUAUUAAGUCAUAAGUCAGAUUUGAAAAAGCAUAAAUUGUUGCUUCUUCUUUCCUCCUAUACAGGCAAUUCCCCGUUUACACGGGUUGAGUUCCAUGUCAUCGUGUGUGUCAGUGGAGCGGGUGUAAGCCUACCCCGUUCCACCCCUUUCCAGGGCCAAAAACGGCGCGCAUGUCCGUGGUCACGUGCCAAUCGAGCACGUGCAAAAUGGUUGCCAUCUGUAUACAAAGUAGGAGAAUUGUAAUGUUUGUGUUACCUCUUUUCCAUCUGUACAGGUAUGUCUGAACCUUCCUUUAUUGCUAAAAGUGAAGACCGUCUGUUUAAAUACUUAUUUGAAGAUUAUGAAAGAUGGGUUCGCCCAGUAGAGCGUCUGAACGACACAAUCAAAGUGAAGUUUGGCCUUGCAAUUUCCCAGUUAGUGGAUGUGGUACGUUGGAAACUUCUACUGUUUGCUCUUUAAAUAGGCAUAGCAGCGUAAAGUAGUUGCUUGUCAGAAGCGCAUCGUCUGAACAGCAUCCCUGGCUUUUUCACAGAGCCUCUUCUCCUCAUAAAGAGGAUGCCAUAACUCCACACAGGGUGUUGGGGUUGCAAAAGUUGUACGUGUGUUAUUGGUCACUUGCUGUUGAGAGGAUAGGAGGAAGGAACCAUGCAUUCAUAUGCUAUCUGUUCACACAGGCCUGGUUUGCAUGUUAUAAAAAGCCAGAGUUUGCUUUAAAGCAUAGUUUAAUCAUGAAUAUGCCUUUUGCUUAUUGUGUCCUCUUGUAGCUCAUACAAGCCAUACUAUGCCUUGUUGUGUUGUCUAAAUCCAGUCAAUGGUUUAUUUGUUUCAAAUAAACAAUGAGCUGUAAGCUACAAAUAAACCAGCAUUCAUUCUCAGGUUAUUUCUGACUUACCGCUUGGUAAGCCUGGGCUUGGAAGACAUGUCAAGCAAUAGCAUGGCUUCUUUGAGCUGCGCAGGAGAGGAGCAGCUGUGCAGGAGCCUGUCUGCAAGUGAGAGGCAUGGUCACAAUCCAGCCCUGGUUGAAGAGGAGCUUGCUUCUUCUGUCAUGUAUCUGAGGCCUCUGUGUGUAGACACAAGUGGGAGAGUUCCGGCACCUCUUUUUUAAAAAGAAAAAUAGCACUGUAUGAGAUGAUUCUCAAACAGUUAUCUUCAAAGGAACUGCUAACUUGAUUUCUUGUAGCUGCCAGACUUUCUUUUGCACAAAAAUGGAAUAACUUAAAUGAUAUGUCUCUCGAGUUGUGGUAUAAAAACUUACUGAACCUCACAACUGCUGAAAAGAUAGCCCAUGAGAUUCAUGUGAUGCAAGGGUAAGAACCAGUAGAACAAUUGGGACUUUUAUCUUAUGUUUGACCUGCACGACUUCUUACCUGCACCUAAAAAAAAAUUCCUGUCCUAAAUAAUAUGUUAGUUUAAUGAACCUAUGUAGAAUUGUAAUUAUUAUGUAAGUAUUUCUCUGAUGACUUUCCACACUCUUGUGUUGAAAAAUUAAAAAAAGUUUUUGAAAAGGAAAGAAAAACUUUCCAGCCAAUAAUAAAUAGAUUAAAGUUCCUCCAAUGCCCCAGAGCAACCACAACAUAGCGUUAGUCUGGGGCAUUUUGGGAAAUUCAGGUGUCAGCCUGGAGCCUGCCCUGGUGAGACCUGUAGAAUAUGUGCCAUAUAUUAAUUGACCGCUGUCUGGAAGUGAGAGAAGUGUACUGUCAUUCAUAUAAAAUGCUUUUUUCUCUCAAUAGGAUGAGAAAAAUCAACUGAUGACAACAAAUGUUUGGUUGAAGCAGGUGAGUAGUAUAUUAGGAAAAAGUUUGGACUGUAACCAUGAUGUUGGGAGGGAUGUUGAUUUAUACCGUUUGGUUGCAACUGAGGUGUAUUAUUCAGUGUAAACUCAAAUAACCAGGUUGCUACAGCGGUGAUGAAAUCCUAUGCACACUAUUCUGGGAAUAAAUCCCGUUGAAUUCAGUGGUGCUUAUUUCUGAAUAGACCAGUAUAUAAUUGCACUGUAAAGUAAAUAAAUUAGUUUAUCAAUUAAUACUAUCUUUACUCUCUUUGUAGGAAUGGAUUGAUGUAAAACUGAAGUGGGACCCUAAAGAUUAUGCUGGAAUAACAUCUAUCCGUGUCCCUUCAGAUUCUAUAUGGAUCCCAGAUAUUGUUUUGUAUGACAAGUAAGUAUUUAAUGUUUUUUAACACAAUUAUUACCGUUGCAAAAAUUAAAGAGAGAAAUAAUUUGAAUAAGUUGUAUUUUGAAAUUGCUAGAGUUGAGAGCAUCUUUUUUUCUGAAAUGAUAUAUUUGGCACGAUAGCAUGGCAUUCAUGCAGAAUUUUCAAAUGAGAGUAAUAGUUUCAAACCAUGAAAUAUAUUAUGUUUGCUGGAGAGAUGUAUUUUCUUCAGUUAUGUGUGCUGUGUGGUGAAAGAGACAUUCCACAGAACACUACCUGAGUGAUUUGCAUCUCACUAAAUGGCAGCCUCAUGGUCUUUGUUAGAUAAAAGAAGUAAAAAGUAAAAGGGACCCUUUAGCCAUUCAUUUUGUAAGAGCAAAAGUGGAGUGUUAUAAGAGAUAGUGAAAUGCAAGCAGAACAGUAGUUAUAAUAAUAAUAAUAAUAUAUUAUUUAUACCCCGCCCAUCUGGCUGGGUCCCCCAGCCACUCUGGGCGGCUUCCAACAAAACACUAAAAUACAAUAACCUAUUAAACAUUAAAAGCUUCCCUAAAGAGGGCUGCCUUUAGAUGUCUUCUAAAAGUUUGAUAGUUAUUUUUCUCUUUGACAACUGGUGGGAGGGCGUUCCACAGGGCGGGUGCCACUGCCAAGAAGGCCCUCUGCCUGGUUCCCUGUAACUUGGCUUCUUGCAGUGAGGGAACCGCUAGAAGGCCCUCGGCGCUGGACCUCAGUGUCCGGGCAGAACGAUGGAGGUGGAGACGCUCCUUCAGAUAUACUGGACCGAGGACCGAGGGCUUUCAAGGUCAGCACCAACACUUUGAAUUGUGCUCGGAUGUGUACUGGGAGCCAGUGUAGGUCUUUCAAGACUGGUGUUAUAUGGUCUUGGCGGCUGCUCCCAGUCACCAGUCUAGCUGCCGCAUUCUGGAUUAGUUGUACUUUCCGGGUCACCUUCAAAGGUAGCCCCACAUAGAGCGCAUUGCAGUAGUCCAAGCGAGAGAUAACCAGAGCAUGCACCACUCUGGCGAGACAGUCCACGGGCAGAUAGGGUCUCAGCCUACGUACCAGGUGGAGCUGGUAGGCAGCCGCCCUGGACACAGAAUUGACCUGUGCCUCCAUGGACAGCUGUGAGUCUAGAGUGACUCCCAGGCUGCUCACCUGGUCCUUCAGGGACACAGUUACCCCAUUCAGGGCCAGGGAGUCUUCCACACCUGCCCGCCUCCUUCCCCCCAAAACAGUACUUCUGUCUUGUCAGGAUUCAACCUCAAUCUGUUAGCCGCAAUCCAUCCUUCAACCGCCUCCAGACACUCACACAGGACCUUCACCUCCUUCACUGGUUCCGAUUUGAAAGAGAGGUAGAGCUGGGUAUCAUCCGCAUAUACUGAUGAAUACCCAGCCCAAACCUCCUGAUGAUCUCUCCCAGCGGCUGCAUGUAGAUGUUGAAAAACAUGGGGGAGAGGACAGAACCCUGAGGCACCCCACAAGUGAGAGCCCAGGGGUCUGAACACUCAUUCCCCCCCCCCCACUUUCUGAACACAGCCCAAGAGGAAGGAGCGGAACCACCGUAUAACAGUGCCCCCAGCUCCCAGCCCCUCUAGACGGUCCAGAAGGAUGUUAUGGUUAAUGGUGUCAAAAGCUGCUGAGAGAUCCAGCCGAACUAGGAAACAGCUCUCACCUUUGUCCCUAGCCCGCCGGAGAUCAUCGACCAGUGCGACCAAGGCAGUUUCAGUCCCAGGCCUGAAUCCCGACUGGAAGGGAUCCAAAUGGUCCGCUUCUUCCAGGCGUGCCUGGAGUUGUUCAGCAACCACUCGCUCAAUCACCUUGCCCAAGAAUGGAAGAUUUGAGACUGGGCAAUAGUUGGCCAUAUUGGCAGCAUCUAAAGAUGGUUUUUUAAAAAGCGGUUUGAUAACCGCCUCUUUCAGCGGGUCUGGGAAGGCUCCCUUACAGAGAGAAGCAUUCAUCACCCCGCGAAGCCCAUCACCCAGCCCUUCUCGGCUAGCUUUUAUAAGCCAGGAUGGGCAAGGAUCAAGGAGACAGGUGGUUGGUUUCACUCGUCCAAGCAGCCUGUCUACAUCCUUGGAGGUAACAGAUUGGAAUUGAUCCAACACAACUUGACUAGACAGGACUCUAGCACUCUCCCGCCCCGGCCCUGCUCCCACGGUGGAGUCUACCUCUUCCCGAAUCUGAGCGACUUUAUCUGCAAAAAACUUGCAGGAGAUCAUGUGGCCCGUACUGGGCCCUGAUGUAGCAGGUGGUUCCGCUAAAUUGCAAACCACCUGAAAAAGUCUCCUGCUGCUGUUUUCUGCAGAUGCAAUAGAGGCGGUGAAGAAAGUCUUCUUCGCCGUCGCUAUCGCCACUUGGUAGGCUCGACAUUGAGCUCUAACCUGUGUCUGGUCAGCUUCAGAAUCAGUUAUCUGCCACCGGCGCUCUAGCCAUCUCAACGAUUGUUUCAUUGCGCUCAGAUCUGUGGGAAACCACGGGGCUGUCCGGGCUCCAUGCAAUUGGAGAGGGCACUUCAGACCAAACAAUCAAUAGCCCUGGUUAACUCCACAUUCCAGCGUGCCACCAGGGAAUCAGCUGAAAGGCCAUCAACAUGGGAUAAAACAUCCCCUACCACUCCCUGGAAACCAUUUGGAUCCAUUAAGUGGCGGGGGCGGACCAUCCAAAUCGGUCCCCCCUCCCUGCAGAGGGGAAGGGUCGCAGAGAAGUCCAGUUGCACCAGGAAGUGAUCUGACCAUGACACUUCUUUUGAUUCGCUUUUACUUAGUGUCAGAUCACCAACAUCCAUAGAGGUGAACACCAGGUCUAAGGCAUGUCCGCGGCUAUGACUUGGGCCAGACUUAUUCAGGGUCAGCCCCAUGGAGGCCCUGCUUUCCACGAAGUCCCGAGCGGCCCCUUGUAAGGUCGUGUCGGCAUGGAUGUUAAAAUCCCCUAGGACAACCAAGCUAGGUGUCUCCAGGAGAACAUCCGCCGCAACCUGAAGCAGCUCGGGCAGGGAAUCCUUGGCGCAGCGGGGAGGUCGGUACACCAAAAGGAAUCCUGUACUGCCCCUAUAGCCCAACUUCCAGAACAUGCACUCAGAGAACUGGGUCUUCCCAAUAGGACGCCUGGUGGAAACUAAUGACUUCCUAAAAAUCACUGCAAACCCCCCCCCCGCCCACAUGACCUGGGUUGUUUUGCGUAAGAGAAACCUGGUGGACAAGCAGCGGCAAGGACAGGCCCAUCUGCUUCAUCCAACCAAGUCUCUGUCACACAUGCCAGGUCAAGUCCUCCAUCCAUGAUCAAGUCAUGGAUGGCAGUGGUCUUGUGAAUCCUUGACCUGGCAUUGCACAGCAGCACCUUCAGGUCAUGUGGGUAUCCCUUGCUGAUUCCAGUAUCUGUCUGGUCAGGACCAGACCCGGAGUCCUCAGACAACAACUAAACCUGCCUCCUCGGUAAUGACAUGGUCUGGUCUUAGCAUAACUCCUCCUACCCAUGAUCACUGAGAUCAUAGAAUCAUAGAAUCAUAGAGUUGGAAGAGACCACAAGGGCCAUCGAGUCCAACCCCCUGCCAAGCAGGAAACACCAUCAGAGCACUCCUGACAUAUGGUUGUCAAGCCUCUGCUUAAAGACCUCCAAAGAAGGCGACUCCACCACACUCCUUGGCAGCAAAUUCCACUGUCAAACAGCUCUUACUGUCAAGAAGUUCUUCCUAAUGUUUAGGUGGAAUCUUCUUUCUUGUAGUUUGGAUCCAUUGCUCCGUGUCUGCUUCUCUGGAGCAGCAGAAAACAACCUUUCUCCCUCCUCUAUGUGACAUCCUUUUAUAUAUUUGAACAUGGCUAUCAUAUCACCCCUUAACCUCCUCUUCUCCAGGCUAAACAUGCCCAGCUCCCUUAGCUGUUCCUCAUAAGGCAUCGUUUCCAGGCCUUUGACCAUUUUGGUUGCCCUCCUCUGGACACGUUCCAGUUUGUCAGUGUCCUUCUUGAACUGUGGUGCCCAGAACUGGACACAGUACUCCAGGUGAGGUCUGACCAGAGCAGAAUACAGUGGCACUAUUACUUCCCUUGAUCUAGAUGCUAUACUCCUAUUGAUGCAGCCCAGAAUUGCAUUGGCUUUUUAGCUGCCGCGUCACACUGUUGGCUCAUGUCAAGUUUGUGGUCAACCAAGACUCCUAGAUCCUUUUCACAUGUACUGCUCUCAAGCCAGGUGUCACCCAUCUUGUAUUUGUGCCUCUCAUUUUUUUGCCCAAGUGCAAUACUUUACAUUUCUCCCUGUUAAAAUUCACCUUGUUUGUUUUUGCCCAGUUCUCUAAUCUGUCAAGGUCGUUUUGAAGUGUGAUCCUGUCCUCUGGGGUGUUAGCCCCCCCUCGCAGUUUGGUGUCAUCUGCAAAUUUGAUCAGGAUGCCCUUGAGUCCAUCAUCCAAGUCGUUGAUAAAGAUGUUGAAUAAGACCGGGCCCAAGACAGAACCCUGUGGCACCCCACUAGUCACUCUUCUCCAGGAUGAAGAGGAACCAUUGAUGAGCACCCUUUGGGUUCGGUCAGUCAGCCAGUUACAAAUCCACUGAGUGGUAGCAUAGUCAAGACCGCAUUUUACCAGCUUCUUUACAAGAAUAUCAUGGGGCACCUUGUCAAAUGCCUUGCUGAAAUCAAGGUAGGCUACAUCCACUGCGUUCCCUUCAUCUACCAGGCUUCUAAUUCUGUCAAAAAACAAGAUCAGGUUAGUCUGACAUGACUUAUUUUUCAGAAAUCCAUGCUGACUAUUGGUGAUCACAGCAUUCCUUUCUAGGUGCUCACAGACUGUUUGCUUAAUGAUCUGCUCCAGAAUCUUCCCUGAUAUUGAUGUCAGACUGACUGGGCGGUAAUUAUUUGGGUCCUCUCUUUUCCCCUUUUUGAAAAUAGGGACAACAUUUGCCCUCCUCCAGUCUGCCGGGACUUCGCCUGUUCUCCAGGAAUUCUCAAAGAUGACUGCCAGUGGUUCUGAGAUCACAUCUGCCAGUUCUUUUAUUACUCUUGGAUGCAGUUCAUCUGGCCCUGGAGACUUGAAUACAUCUAAACAAGCCAAGUAUUCUUGUACUAUCUCCUUAGUUAUUCUGGGCUGUGUUUCCUUUGCUGAAUCAUUUGCUCCAAAUUCUUCAGGUCGGGCAUUGUUUUCUUUAUCAGAGAAGACUGAGGCAAAGAAGGCAUUGAGGAGUUCAGCCCUUUCUGUGUCCCCUGUUUGCAUUUCACCAUCUUCUCCUCUGAGUGACCCCACUGUUUCUUUGUUCUUCCUUUUGCUACGAACAUACCCAUAAAAGCCUUUUUGUUGCUUUUAACCUCUCUAGCAAGCCUGAGUUCAUUCUGUGCUUUAGCUUUUCUGACUUUGUGUCUACACGUGCUGGCUAUUUGUUUGAAUUCCUCUUUGGUGGUUUCCCCCCUUUUCCAUUUUUUGUACACAUCCUUUUUUAUUCUUAACUCAGUUAAAAGUUCUUUAGAUAGCCACCCUGGCUUCUUUAGGCACCUUCCAUGUUUCCGUCUCAUUGGUAUUGCCUGAAGUUGUGCUUUUACUAUCUCCCUCUUAACACACUCCCAGCCAUCAUGAACUCCCUUUCCUUUUAGUAUUACUGUCCAUGGGAUCUCACCCAGCACUUCCCUAAGUUUUAUGAAGUCGGCUUUCUUAAAGUCAAGAAAUUGAGUCCUAGUAUGCUUGGCUGCUCCUUUCCGCUGUAUAGUAAACAUCAGAAGAGCAUGAUCACUCGCGCCUAAUGAUUCUUCCACUUCUACCCCACUAACCAGGUCAUCAACAUUGGUUAGGACCAGAUCUAAAAUGGCUGUUCCUCUUGUUGCUUCUCCCACUUUCUGGACAAUGAAGUUGUCUGCAAGGCCAGUGAGGAAUCUGUUUGACCUUAUGCUCUUGGCUGAGUUUGACAUCCAACCAAUAUCCGGGUAAUUGAAGUCCCUCAUUACUACUAUCUCCCUUCCUUUUGCAUGCUUGGCCAUCUGUUCCAGGAAGGCAUCAUCUAUGUCCUCCGUUUGGCUUGGGGAUCUAUAGUAAACUCCCACAAUGAGGUCACUGUUAUUCUUCUCUCCUUAAUUUUGACCCAAAUGCUCUCACUUUGGCUUUGAGGUUCUAAAUCUUGGAUUUCUUCACAGGUAUACACAUCCCUGACAUAUAACGCCACUCCUCCUCCUUUCUUGUCUGGUCUGUUUCUCUGAAAUAGAUUGUAUCCCCCCAUUAUUACAUUCCAAUCAUGGGACUUAUCCCACCAGGUUUCAGUGAUGCCUAUUAUGUCAUAUUUAGUUUGCUGUACCAAGAGCUCAAGCUCAUCUGGUUUAUUUCCCAUGCUUUGCGCAUUAGUGUACAGACAUUGAAGUCCAUUAAUCAUUCCCACAAGUCUCUUAUAUAAGGAUUUUUCCUCCCACCACUAGGUCUGCGUGCUGUUUGCUCCAUUAGGUCUAUGACAUUUGGAUGAUCAUCUUCAUCAAUUGAUAGACUCCUACCUUCAGGAGCACUGUCUCCCUGCCCCACAUUAGUCAGUUUAAAGCCCUCCUGAUGAGGUUUCUGAGAUUUUUGGCAAAAACAUUUCUCCCAACCGUUGUGAGGUGCAGCCCAUCGCUUGCCAGAAGUCCAUCUUCAAGAAACCGCAGUCCAUGAUCUAAGAAUCCAAACCAUUCCUGUUUACACCAUUUGCGAAGCCAGCUGUUCACUUCCACUAUUUUCCCCUCUCUCCCUGGGCCACGUCAUUCAACUGGGAGGACAGAUGAGAUGACAAUUUGUGCAUUUAAUUGCUUCAAUUUCCUGCCCAGAGCCUCGUAGUCUCUUUUGAUCUUCUGGAGGCUAUUGCUUGCAGUGUCAUUGGUUCCCACAUGAACCAAGAGGAAGGGGUAUUUGUCAGUGGGUUUUAUGAUUCCUUGCAGUCGUUCAGUUACAUCUUGGAUCUUAGCCCCGGGGGGACAGCACACUUCCCGAGACAUCUUGUCAGGCCCACAGAUCACUGCUUCUGUUCCCCUCAGUAGGGAAUCCCCUGUCACCACUACACGCCUCCUCUUAGGUUUGGUCGGGGUUCUUCCAUGAGCUGUCCGUUCCAAGGUCGCCUGCACAUUCCCUGAGGACUGACUUUGCUGCUCGUCUUCAUAUACCUGAUCGACUGUAAUGAGGGAGAGAUCCUCAAAUGGAGUCUGCUCUUCGUCUUCCAUGCUAGGGGAGAGGACCUCAAAGCGAUUGUGUAUUUCUAAACAAUCAGAGUGAACCCUGGGCCUCCUACUACUUUGAGUCACGUUUCUCCAUAUAUGUGGCUCCUGUGUUGGUGAACUAGCCUCCUUCUCAGGGGAGUCCCCUGUCUCCUCCUUGGUGGAGACGGUGUGCUCUGUUGCUUCCAAGAAGAGCUCCAGCUCUCUAAUUCUUUGGAGCGUAGCUACACGUUCCUCGAGUUGCUGGACUUUGUCUUUUAAGAGGGCAGUCAACAUGCAAUUGCUGCAGGUAAAGCUGCCUGUAACCUUUGGCAAGAUGGCAAACAUUGCGCAGGAACCGCAGGCGACUGCAGCUGUUCCCUCCCCCUCCAUCUUGAGAACGUGUCGUUGGGGGUGGCUACAGCGGUCCUCCAUCAUAAAAAGCGUGAAGACAGGACAAAUAACUCCCCCGCCAAAAAAAAACCUAGGUCUCCCCCAACAAACGUUUGAGACUAGCUCCCCUAAAUCUAAAAGAUGGAUCAAACUGCGAGCGCCGCUAGGCACGCGCCACUGCCCUGCAAGCUCUGAGAAGCUCCUCCCACAGCUAAUCACCUGCCUCAACAGAAACCCUGCCCCCUCUGACCUUUGCACAGGGAGAGCAGCUAAUCAGCCACAAAGAAACACACACACACAAGAAAACCCUUUUUGUUCCUCCUUCAGCUGCUGCCCUGCAAGCUCUGAUAAGCUCCUCCCACAGCUAAUCACCUGCCUCAACCCAGUGCAGAUCGGUUGUCCCAGUGCAUCCCCCCCCCGUGGGACCCACUCCCUGGCAGCCCUGACCCCUCCCCUUAAGAACAAAAAAACCCCUUAAAAAACCCCAAACAAACCACAAUAAAACAAUACAAACAAAAAACUGUAAAAAUUACAAAUACAUCAAAAUCAAACAAAUUCCCAAGCCCAACCAAACAUCCAUCCCCCCCACCCCCACAUACAAAAAAUUCAAAAAGAAAAAAGAAAAUUUUAAAACAUUUAAAAAAGAACUCUGCACCCCUCCGAGUCCUCCUGGACAGCAGCGGCAGUAGCAGCAAGGGUCCUUGUGAGGCCUGUCAGGCCCCGCCCUGGGCCAGGUGGUGAGUGGCAGGAGCGGAGCCCUCAGGCACUUACUACAGGUUUAAGCUGAAAAAGGAGUCACUCCUUGAAAUAGGUGUCUUCAGAAAGUUUUGGAGCUCAGCUUUCCUCUGUGUGCUGGAAAUGCUGCCACAUAUAAACUGCAGAGCUUUGCGUGCGACCUUAGCAGCCAUAGCAUAUGGGGCCCUCCAAAGUAGUCUCAGGAGUGAUCAGGCCGCUUAGAGUCCUAGAACUAACUCUUACAUGAAUUUGCAGGAAAGAAUAAAAGACCUUUAUUAUGGAUCUUGACAUCCAUAACCUUCAGCAUAACUUGGUAUAAAUCAAUUAAAUAUAUUACAAACAAAGAAUGGGUGAAAUCGUUCUUCAAACAAAUCUCUAGCUUGCAGAAAGCCCAUUUAGCAGACCACUUUUAAUACAGCAAAUGCCUUGCUUGUUGAUUUCAAACCAAAUAUAAGAACCAUUCCUUCUUUGCAGUCUCUGAAUGUGUAUGGGUUCUUGAGCUAGAGUUUUGGGUGACUCCCUGUCUCCAUUCCCCGUUUGCCCACAUCAAAGGGUAUUUCUCCUGCCUUUCCCGUCAGUUCUCUUCCCAGCACAAGAGCAACGGCUUCAAGGUAACGAUAGUCUUGCUGGAUUGUUAGUGUGCAUUGUUUGUUGUUUUCAAACAAAAUACAAAAAACCAUUUAUUUUGACCUCAUUCUGUACUGGAUGCCACUGUUAAGAGCGUCACAUAAACAUCUGAAAAUAACCAAGUAAAAUGUUUGAGGAAAAUAACUUCAGCGUGUUACAUUUUUAAAUAACUUUUCAUUGAACAUUUUUUCAGUGCAGAUGGUCGUUUUGAAGGAACAUCUACAAAAACAGUAGUGAAACAUGAUGGCACAAUUGCUUGGACUCCUCCAGCAAAUUACAAAAGUUCCUGUACCAUAGAUGUCACUUACUUUCCAUUUGACCGCCAGAACUGCUCCAUGAAGUUUGGAUCCUGGACGUAUGAUGGCUCACAAGUUGACAUAAUUCUAGUGGAUGAUGAAGUAGACAAGAGAGAUUUCUUUGAUAAUGGAGAAUGGGAAAUAGUAAUGGCAACAGGAAUCAGAGGGAACAGAACUGAUGGGUGUUGCUGGUAUCCAUUUAUUACCUACUCAUUUAUAAUUAGACGCUUGCCUCUCUUUUACACACUGUUCCUUAUUAUUCCCUGCAUAGGGUUGUCCUUCUUAACCGUCCUUGUCUUUUACCUUCCGUCUUAUGAAGGUGAGAAAAUUUCUUUGUGCACAUCAGUUCUGGUUUCCUUAACGGUCUUUCUGCUUGUCAUUGAAGAGAUCAUACCGUCAUCUUCCAAAGUUAUACCUCUUAUCGGCGAGUACUUGGUAUUCACGAUGAUAUUUGUUACAUUAUCCAUUGUAAUAACUGUCUUUGCUAUUAACGUUCACCAUCGGUCCUCGUCUACGCACGAUGCAAUGGCACCUUGGGUCCGCAGGAUAUUCCUUCACAAACUUCCAAAACUGCUUUGUAUGAGAAGCCACGUCGACAGGUAUUUCACUCAGGAAGGGGAUGCCAACAAUGCGGAUGGUUCUGAGGCAUCUCGGAUUACCCUGGAAGCCGCCCUAAAUUCUAUCCGAUAUAUUACAAGGCACAUUGUCAAGGAGAACGAAGUACGUGAGGUGUGUGUAUUAGUUAACGUUGCAGUCAACUCUUGAGGCUGGCAGCCUGGAACAGCAGCAUGUGCAGUUGUGGAGUUAAUCAUAAGUAAAAUCCUUGCCUGCUCAUGUCAAAUAUAUCCUGCACUGUAGAUAUCUCAUAUUUUCAGACAGCAUGAUCUCUAAUAGAAGUAACUAGGCAACUUUUGCAUGAGAAUAAUUUCAAAGGUGAAAAUGGACACUUUCAGAGAUAAUGCAGAAAUCCUUAUUUAAAAUGUUAUGCCUUUGUGGUGCAACAAAUAGGCUCCCUGCCCCAUUUUAAAUCAUAUGGGCUACUCCUUAGGAACAACCAUUUCAUUAUGAUAUAAAGGGAGCCACAAUAAGUUAUGUUUGGGGCAAUUUAAUUUUGCACCUAGCCCGAUAAGAGAGACAGUAGGGUUUGUGCCACUAUUAUUACUCUUUAGUUGUAGUGUGUAUACAAAUAUUCUGGAGUGUAUUUCGGAAAUGGUACUGAUUUUCUUUCUUCUCUCUCUAGGUUGUUGAAGACUGGAAAUUUAUAGCUCAGGUGCUUGAUCGUGUGUUCUUAUGGACGUUCCUUCUGGUUUCAAUUAUUGGAUCACUGGCUCUAUUUAUUCCUGUAAUCCACAAGUGGGCAAACAUAAUAGUCCCAGUCCAUAUUGGAAGCACCAACAAAUAAGUGUGUGAUGAGGACAAAAUUGUACCAGUCUUUCUAGAAAUAUUAAUCUUAGAGGU